AUGCAGACGGGUCAAGCGGUCUCAAUCUCCCCGAGCUUCAACAGCUACUCCAAUAGUAAACUUGUAGAAAUCGCAGCUCGUGUUGUUGAAGAAUUCAAUGAAGAAGAGUCCAAUUUUGAUGAAUUAUACGAAGAAUUUUAUGACGAAAGUGAAGAAAAAUAUGAAGCGAGGUCGAAAGAUGUGGGGAAAAAUGAUAUUGAUUGUGAUGGUGAUGAAGAUGAAGAAUUUGAGUUUGCAUUUGUGACAAGUGAUUCUGAAUUUUCUUCUUCAAUUUCCGCUGAUGAAAUCUUCUACAACGGUCAGAUCCGACCGGUUUUCCCAAUUUUAAAUAAAGAUUUAUUGAUCGGAAAUUCGGAUUCUUCCUCUAAGGCAGCUCCGAUUAGGCUUCCAUUGAGGAAGCUUUUCAUGGAGAGUGAAACGACAUCGUCUUCUUCAUCGGGGCUGGCUGAUAUCGCCGGAGUUCAGGCGGAAACGUGUUGCACGUGGAGGCCGAAGUCAUCGUCGCCUCCACCGAAGGAUGCGGCGGAGGGAAGGUGUAAGAAGAGGUGCACUUUUAAAGACCUUUUGAACAUAAGUCUCAGUGAUGGCGAUCAGGGUACUUCGGCCAUUUCAACUCCGAGUAAACAAAAGGAAAAUGAGAUUAUUAAAAAGUGUGUAGAAACCCCGGUGGUUGGUGGCAGAAAAGUGAAAGCGGCGGCAGCACAGUAUGGCAGAAACGGCUGUGACCGGCGGAGGUUGUACCUGCCCUAUAGGAAAGAUCUGGUGGGGUUCUUCGCGAAUAUAAAUCGGUUGAGUAGAAAUGCAUAG